AUGUUUAAAUAAAAAGUUGAAAGAAAUAGAAGUACUUCUUAUGAUAUUUAAUAUUAUGAAGAUUAUUAUUAAAAUUAUUUAGGAUAAGAAAAGUAACAUUAAGGAUUUUGGGAAGUAUUUUAGGGUUUUGCGACAUUCUUUUAUUAUUAUUUAGUUAUUUCUAAGUCCUUCUUUUUAAAAUAUAGGGAAUUUAAAAAAAUCGAAAAGGUUUGUGUAUUGAAGAUUAUUCUUUUUUUAGUCUUUAUUGUUAAAUUGUUUUCUAUUUAUGUUAUAUUAAUAUUUCCUUAUAAUGAUUUGCAAGAUAAAAAUAAUUUCUAUUUUAGUAUUGCAAUAAUUUAAAUGUGUAUUUAUCCAUUUGCAUGUAUUUUGUCACCUUUUUAUUUGAUUUUUUGGAUUGUUUAAGAAGAUGAAUUUUAAUAUGGAAAAUAUUUCGCUUUACUUAAUUUUAUGGAAAUUAUAAAUUCGUUUAUUGUUUUCGUAUUAAGUAUUAUUGAAUAUUUGAUUUAUUUAGAGUUUAAUAUUUUAAAAGGAAGUUAGACUUUUUAUUUUGUUUUUAACGUCUUUUCAGGAUAUUUAGCUAGUUUAUUUAUUUUAAGAAUUUAAAAAGAAACUUCUUUAUUUAAUUGA